GGCUCCUGCCCCCCCAUCCCAGCCUCUCCCCGCCACCCGCAGCCUCCGGAGCGGCUCCAUCCCGGCAGCUCCAUCUCGGGAACCCCGAUCCCGCGGGAGCUCCUCUUGCGCAUCCCGGGAGAUCCAUCGCGCCCCCCCAGCUGGGGCGAACCCCCCUCCCCGGCCGAGCCCCCCCGGUUGGCAGCGUGCCGUGGUUGAUCCCUCCCUUCCCGGGGCUGCGCCGAUGGAUUCUCCCAGCGCUCCGUGUGCGCGGCGGAGGCUGCGGCGGUAGCGCCGCUCGGUACUCGGGAGCUGCUGUCGCGACGCGUCGCUGCCCGGAGCAUCUUCUUCCCGUUUAUCCCUUCCCCAGCAUCCUUCCUCGCCGGAGAAUCCCCACCUCGCCGGCUCCGGGAAGGAGCUGGAGCUGGAGCGAGGGCUGAGCCAGGUCCGGGCCGGCAUCCGGGGUCCUCCCACGCCCCGUUCCACGGAUGGGUAGCUCCGUCACCCCUCUCCCCGCGCUCCGGGCCUGAGGGCGCAGCCCCCGAAGCAGAGACACCCCCUCGACCCCCCAGUCCCACCCCGCCGGCGCCAUGGACGAGUCGUUCCGAGACCGGACCGCCUUCAUCCGCGGCGCCAAGGACAUCGCCAAGGAGGUGAAGAAACACGCGGCCAAGAAGGUGAGCCGGGGCAUGGACCGAGUGCAGGACGAGUACACCCGGCGCUCCUACUCCCGCUUCGAGGAGGAGGAGGACGACGAAGACUACGCGCCCCAGGACGGCUACUACCGGGGCGGCGAGGGGGCCAACGAGGAGGAGGGGGUGUCCAGCGACGCCACCGAGGGCCACGACGAGGAGGACGAAAUCUACGAGGGCGAGUACCAAGGGAUCCCGCGGCAGGAGUCGCUGAAAGGCGGCGAGCGCCUGGGGGUCGCGGCGGCCGCCGGCGCUUUCGACGACGGCGAGGGGCAGCGGAGGAAGGACAGGGAGGAGCUGGCGCAGCAGUACGAGCUCAUCCUGCAGGAAUGUGGCCACGGCCGGUUCCAGUGGACCCUCUACUUUGUCCUGGGCUUGGCCCUCAUGGCCGACGGCGUCGAGGUCUUCGUGGUGGGCUUCGUCCUGCCCAGCGCCGAGAAGGACAUGUGCCUCUCCGACUCCAACAAGGGCAUGCUGGGACUCAUCGUCUACCUGGGCAUGAUGGUGGGCGCGUUCGUGUGGGGCGGGCUGGCCGACCGGCUGGGCCGAAGGCAGUGCCUCCUCAUCUCCCUCUCCGUCAACAGCGUCUUCGCUUUCUUCUCCUCCUUCGUCCAGGGCUACGGCACCUUCCUCUUCUGCCGCCUGCUCUCGGGCGUGGGCAUCGGCGGCUCCAUCCCCAUCGUCUUCUCCUACUUCUCGGAGUUCCUGGCGCAGGAGAAGCGCGGGGAGCACCUGAGCUGGCUCUGCAUGUUCUGGAUGAUCGGGGGCAUCUACGCUUCGGCCAUGGCCUGGGCCAUCAUCCCGCACUACGGCUGGAGCUUCCAGAUGGGCUCCGCGUACCAGUUCCACAGCUGGAGGGUCUUCGUGCUCGUCUGCGCCUUCCCCUCGGUCUUCGCCAUCGGGGCGCUCACCACCAUGCCCGAGAGCCCCCGCUUCUACCUUGAGAACGGGAAGCACGACGAGGCCUGGAUGGUGCUGAAGCAGGUCCACGACACCAACAUGAGGGCCAAGGGCCACCCCGAGAGGGUCUUCUCGGUGACACACAUCAAGACCAUCAAGCGGGAGGACGAGCUCAUCGAGAUCCAGUCGGACACCGGGACGUGGUACCGGCGCUGGCUGGUGCGAUGCCUCAACCUGUCCCAGCAGCCCUGGCGCAGCCCCGGGAGCGCCGCGCGCCUGGCUCCCGCUCACCGCCGUCUCCGCAGCUACUACGGGCUCACCGUGUGGUUCCCGGACAUGAUCAAGCACCUGCAGAGCAUCGAGUACGCGUCGCGCACCAAGCUCUUCACCCGCGAGAAGGUUCGGCACUUCACCUUCAACUUCACCCUGGAGAACCAAGUGCACCGUGGCGGGGAGUAUUUCAACGACAAGUUCAUCGGGCUGAAGAUGAAGUCGGUGACGUUCGAGGACUCGCUCUUCGAGGAGUGUUACUUCGAGGACAUCACUUCCAGCAACACCUUCUUCAAGAACUGCACCUUCAUCUCCACCGUCUUCUACAACACGGAUCUCUUCGAGUACAAGUUCAUCAACAGCCGGGUGGUGAACAGCACGUUCCUGCACAACAAGGAGGGCUGCCAGCUGGACUUCAGCGACGACAACAACGCCUACAUGAUCUACUUUGUCAGCUUCCUGGGCACCCUGGCCGUGCUCCCCGGGAACAUCGUCUCGGCCCUGCUCAUGGACAAGAUCGGCCGCCUGCGCAUGCUGGCCGGCUCCAGCGUCAUGUCCUGCGUCAGCUGCUUCUUCCUGUCCUUCGGGAACAGCGAGUCGGCCAUGAUCGCGCUGCUCUGCCUCUUCGGGGGGGUCAGCAUCGCCUCCUGGAACGCGCUCGACGUGCUCACCGUGGAGCUGUACCCCUCGGACAAGAGGACGACGGCGUUCGGGUUCCUGAACGCCCUGUGCAAGUUGGCGGCCGUGCUGGGCAUCAGCAUCUUCACGUCCUUCGUGGGCAUCACCAAGGCCGUGCCCAUCCUCUUCGCCUCGGCCGCGCUGGCCCUCGGCAGCUCGCUGGCCCUCAAACUGCCCGAGACACGGGGGCAGGUCCUGCAGUGAUCGGGGGGUGCUGGGGGAGAGGGACCCGACCCCCCCCAAACCCC